AUGAUCGAAAUUGACUUGCGGAAAAAGAAAGCCAUAGAAUGUUUGAAUAGUCUGCAAACCAAUUAUGCCGUUCUCGAAAAAAUUCGUCAAUCCAGAAAUGUGUUGACUUCAAAUAGCCUGCCAAAGAUGAGGGAAUUCUGUCGCAGGAUAGAUCAAUAUAAACCAUCCGACUUUGACCGGUUGAAUAUUAUCCAUGUCACCGGGACAAAAGGGAAAGGUUCGACUUGCGCUAUGACAGAAUCAAUCUUGAGGAAUUACCAUACGACAAACACAAAUGAGAAUCAAAAGGCCGCAUCAAGCAGAAUUCGAACAGGCUUGUAUACCUCCCCUCAUCUUGUCGCCGUUCGGGAGAGAAUUCGAUUGGACGGAAGAAGUCUAAGCGAGGAGGAAUUUGCAAGAUAUUUUUUUGAGUGCUGGAAUAAGUUAAAAGCAUCCGCACCACAGGCAAUUACUUAA